GGGGUCUCCGAGAGUAAUUACAGCUAGAUUUUUUGAGAAGGAACUUCUUGGUGCGGUGAGCAGAGUGGGACAAAAAGUGAUGUGAGUGGAGCCGCCUAUUUUUUCCUUCUCCGGUUCACAAAAUACCGCUUCCCUAUUCCUCCGCCACGCAUAAACCCUCCCCGAAAGCUGUAAUAGCCGCGAUUGUAGAUGCAGACGCACUUGUUCGUCAGUGACAAACCCAGAUCGCUGGCAUUACGCCCUACAGUUCUUGAAGAGACACCUUCUGGAGUGCUCAUUUUUGAACAGGUCAAUACUCAGAACUACUCGUUCGAACCACCAAAAUGCAACGUAAAGUUGAUCGGAUCUGCUGAAUUCGACGCUUCCAAGUACUCUAUUGUAAAUUCUCGCCCAGUUUAUGGCUGCCUCGGUCUGAUAAAUGUUCAAAAUGAAUGUUUCUUAGCUGUGGUCACAGACUGUGUGCCAGUUGGUCGAGUGCGACCAGGUGAAGACGUUUACAAGAUCCAGACUGUGAACUUCUACUCAUUGGCAAACUCGCAAUACGAUGAUCUUGAUACAGCGUACAACAAAGAGACAUGGGACGCAGACGAUGAUACGCAGGCCAAUAUGAUACAGCAUCCUUGUGCACAACUACAAAAGCUAUUUUCAAAUGGAUCGUUCUAUUUCACACCAGAUUUUGACCUGACUCGUACAGUUCAAGCAAGAACCUCCACCGCAUCGUUCGGAGUACACUCUUUCGACGAGCACUUUAUGUGGAAUCAGUUUCUCAUUAGCGGACUCAUGGAAUUCCGCUCAAAGUUAGACAAAGAGAAACAGCAAAAAUUGGAUAGAGGAGGGUUCUUGGUCUUUGCUAUACAAGGAUCCGUAGGAAUGGAAGAGGUUGAAAUCGGCGGCGAGAAGUUUGAACUCUCUGUUAUUUCAAAACUGAGUUGUCAGAGAGCAGGCACCAGAUUCAAUACUCGUGGAAUUGAUGACCAUGGCCAUGUUGCGAACUUCGUAGAGACGGAAACAAUAUUAUAUUCCGACCGUACAUGUUUGUCUUUUACCCAAAUUCGCGGAAGUGUACCAGUCUUUUGGGAGCAGCAAGGUGUGCAAUUGAUAAAUCACAAGAUACAAAUAGCUCGAAGUUCAACCGCUACACAACCUGCUGUAAAUCGCCACUUUCAAGAGUUAUUGGUUCGCUAUGACAAUGUCCACAUAUUGAAUCUUCUUAGCCAUAAAGAUAAUUCUGGAGAGCAGUUGCUAAGCAACGCCUACGAUACAGCUGUCCAAAAUUUACCGACACCACCGGGAGCAGUUGUAAUGACCGACUUCGAUCUACACAAUGAAUGCAAAGGCGGGAGCUACGAAAACGUCUCUAAACUAAUGCAGCGCAUUCAAAGUGACUUCAGUGAAUAUGGUGUCUUUGUCAUGGACUCCAAUGACAAUCGUAUUGGAUCAAAACAGCGAGGAGUGUUCCGCACAAACUGCCUCGAUUGCUUAGACCGUACGAACUUGGUGCAGAAUGAAUUGUCUCGUUUGGCAUUGACCAAAUAUCUCGUCAAUCGUCCGCGAUCUGAUAAAGGUUACGGCCAGGGAUAUGACGGUAUUCUCAGCCGUCAUUCUCAUUUAUGGGCGGAGAAUGGAGAUAAUUUGUCUAAGCUCUAUGCAGGAACUGGUGCCUUGAAAUCCGCCUUUACAAGAACAGGCAAGGUCACAUUCAUGAGUGUGUUGGGGGAUGCAACUAAGUCUGUAAAUCGGUUCUACAUCAACAAUUUCCAAGAUAAAGCCAAGCAAGAAGUUAUCGAUCAACUGCUAGGAAAGUUAGUUGGCCAAAAAGAGAUUGCCAUCUAUGAUCCUAUACAAGACUCAGUGUCAGAAAUUAUGUUAAAGAGACUACAAGAAUAUUCCACGGUUCAAAAAAUAACAAUUUUUGCUGGAACAUAUAAUUUAAAUGGUCAAUCUUACCAGGGAGAGUCCCUCGAUGCUUGGAUCCUGCAACAUUUAGAUCAGCCAGACAUCUUUUGUAUCGGUUUUCAAGAAAUUGUCAAGCUAUCACCACAACAGGUUAUGUCAACUGACAUAGAGAAACGGAAAGUGUGGGAACGGCAGUUGGAAAUUACUUUGAAUAAGAGAAGCAAGAAAUCUCCUUACAUAGCCCUUCGAUCCAAUCAACUUGUGGGAGCUGCUUUACUGCUGUACGUCAAGCAGGACAUUGUGCACAAUAUUCGGAAUGUUGAAAGUGUAGUUAAAAAGACGGGACUCAUGGGAAUGGCAGGAAACAAAGGAGCUGUAGCCAUUCGUUUGGAUUAUUGCGACACCAGCUUUUGUUUUGUUUGCGCACAUCUUGCUUCAGGACACUCUAAUGUUGAGGAACGAAAUGCAGAUUUCCUCACUAUUGACCAAGGACUGAUGUUCCCAAAGGGCCGGGGAAUUGAGAGCCAUGACAAUAUUGUAUGGGUCAGUGACCUAAACUACAGAAUUUCAAUGAGUAAUGAGGAGGUGCGAUCUUGUAUAGACCAUGAUGACCUUCAGACACUCACUGAUGCUGAUCAGCUACUACAACAAAUAUCAGAAAACAAAACGUUUCCUGGUUAUCGAGAAGGCACCAUAACGUUCCAACCAACAUACAAAUAUGAUUUGGGAACGGAUAUAUAUGACACAAGUGAAAAGCAGAGAGUGCCUGCUUGGACGGAUCGUAUCUUAUUCAAGGGCCCAAGGCUACAAUUGUUGCAGUACGCAAGAGCUGAGCUGUAUACCUCUGAUCACCGUCCAGUUUUAGCUUUGUUUGAAGCAGAAAUAACAACUUUGGACCACGCGGCGGAGGCAAAAAUGAAGAACGAGUUGUACAAAGAAAAACUGCAAUCCGGUGUUGUGACUCAAGUGGAAGUGAAAUCGGCUAAUAAUAAGCCGCCUUUGCCUUUAACUCCACGGCCAAUUUACAACAGACCACCUCCACCACCUCCUCCAGCCACAGUUGUGGAUACAUUAGUUGAUAUCAAUGACGACGACGACGAUGAUGACUCGGAUGAUGAAAGCUUACCCAUGCCAAGCUCGGACGAUAAUAAAUGGUGGGAAGAUGGAAAAGAUAUUCCACAAGCAAAUGCAUCAUUUCCAGACAAACGUAAUCCGUUUGAGGCUAAUUCUUUGGAAGAAUCUGGUUUGUUUUUGGACUCAUCCGAAGCAUUGCUGGAUCAGUCUUCUACCUUUGAAGACUCUUGGGUACCGAUCCAGCCGUCAGGUUCUUCGUGGACGGCCGAUGAUGAUUUUGUUAAACCAAAGUCGCCAUACUCCGCAAAAAAAGUUGGUAGUAGCAACCUAGUGGGCGAAAGCGAGGAGAAGAAUGAUCAGCCAACUUUCAAUGAUUCGUUUGCUUUUUGGAAUGGAAAAAAAUAGCAGAAACUAUAGAAACUAGAUAACAAUUCCAGCUCUCAAAGAUCUCCUACCACUACAGAUGCCAUGUAUUUAUUACUCUUAUGCAAAGACCUACCUUUUGUAUCAUUACUGUAGAAAAAAAAGAUUCACAAAAAGAUGUUCUUUACGCUACUCUGAAUCCUCUCCAUAGCGGCGUUUGAAUUUUUCAUUUCAUUGAACAGCAUUGGGG